GCUUGUAUUUCAGAUAUUUCUUAGUAGUCUGAAAACGUAGACUAGCAAAAAUGGUUAUCAAAUAUACUGGGGAGGAUCACUUCAAAUCUACGUAUUCCUCAUUUUAUGCUAAAGGACCAACGCGAUACCAACGGCCGAUAUCACUGAGGCAUCAGCCAACUCAACUUCUUCUCCCAGUUAUUCAACAUGGCGACAAACAGUUAGUCGAAUGCAGAACUCAUGCUGACUAUAUAGACAGAAAAAAAUACGCUCGGCCUAUCGGUCUCACUCAUGAUAAUCCCAUUUGUCUGGGUCUUGGCAGUUUUACUGAUGCACCUGUUGAAAAUGCUCAUAAAGAAAUAGUUUCUUGUCCACGACCACAAGAUAAAAAGUUUAAAAGAGGAAAGAAAAAGUGUUCAAACUCCUCGGGGAAUUAUGUAGUAGAAGCAAAAGAUGCAUUGAGACAGGGGGAGCAUUUAGAUGAUAUGAUUGUUCGUCUGAGGUGGAUACCAAGUACGUAUAGACAACAAGAAGAAGAAUGCUUGACGGUUCCGAAUUGGAAGGUACCGCGAACAACAAUGGAAAAAAAUGCCGAUGUGGUCAGGAACAGACCGAAAAGAUACGAAUCAUCUGUGGGUGCCUGGCAAACAGUGGCAUCAUCCUGGGAUCGAUUGCAAAUGAGACAGCCCAUAUCACGUAGCACAUGUUGCAAAGAUAAUAAAGUUUCAAAGAAUCAACAAAAUCAGCUUGAAGUAGAAAAGGCGAUUACACAAGGCAUUGAAAAUUACAGAACAAAUAGUUCGUAUGUUAUAGCGGAUCAGUCACGUGUUCGAAAGCUACCCGGAUAUGGUGGUUUUGUGCCGAGAGAACCAGUUGAAAGAAUAAAAUAUCCACAGAGACAAGGUGUCUUCCAAACAUCAUCAUCGAGUACAUAUCAUAACUUUCCUGGCUAUACGGUUCCUGGGUUACAUUCUAAAGGCCCAUUGUCUCGUAUGGUUACUUUGGUUUAUCCAUGCAACCCGUUCAAACUGACGCCGUCUACGAUGCAGACAAGAAUCAAUCCUUUAUACUAAACAAUUUUGAGUAAAAUAAACAGCAAUGAUAUUUACCGUAUUCUUCUGUGUUGGAGUGACGGUUGGGACUCAAAAUGAUCGCGCUGGUUAUCAAACACAAAA